GCUCUCCCUGGUUGGGCGGAGUGUGGACGUGGCAGAGCCUGACAAGCCGAAGCUCUCCAGUGGGUGAAACAGAACGUCAUUUCCGCUAGGAACUGGAGACGACGCUUGGUGGAAGCGGACAGGGAAGUGUGUGAAGAAGCCGGAACGGAAGGAGGAUCAGUCUGGGGAUGUACACAAGAUGAACGUAAACCAGCCACCUCAUUUAGCUACUCCUUACAUGCAGCCUCAGCCUGGAGGGUUUCAACAACCGGUCUAUGGAGGUCAACCAAGGCCAGGAGGUCCUCAGUACCCAGGAUAUAAUGGGCCUGUGCAAGGUUAUCCACAACAUAUUCCUUCACAAGGUUUCCCUUUGCAUUCAGGGUUCCCUCAAAAAGGGUCUCCUGAUUCUUUCACCUCUGGCACUUCUUCUCCUGUUAACUCUCAUUAUAUAGGUCCCGUGAGAUCGCCACCCACAUCAGCAGCUCAGACUACAGCAGGAACCUCGCUCCCUCAGGAGCAGCUGCAGUAUAGUCAUUUUGGUCAGGGUGACAUGCAGAAUGGACCAGCAUCAUUAAAUAACCAGAUGCAAAGACCACCUAUGAGCCAACCGUACAUGCAACAAGCGGGAGAUCCUCAACAAGCAGCUGGUGUUCAGAAAUACCCUCCAACCUCCACUAAUGCUCAGCAACUAACCAACCAAAUGAUGGGAAUGCACAUUGGUGGGGUGCAAACAUCAGGUCCACCACAAACACUACCAUUUGGCACGCAAAGUCCUCUUCCUCCAUCCUCAGGAUCGGGGAGUUAUAACAUGUAUUCCAACAAUCAGGUCCCUCCAGCUUUGAAUUUGUCACAAGGAAUGCCUCCCACCAGUAUGCCACAAUCUCAGCCACCCCCAUCCCAACAAUUUACUGGACCACCAUCUCAAGCACGCCUUUCCUCUCCACAUGGUUUUCAUCAACCAACUUCUCCACCUUCAAAUUAUCCUCCCCCUGUUUCGGGAGCUCCACCACCAACCACAAUGCAAGGCCCACCAAUGCCAGGACAACCACCUACUGGACCUCAUUUCGCUCAACCAAAUCAUAUAUCUUUUAAUCAGUCCCAGUCUGCUGUUCCUGGGGUGGUGACAGGUCCUCCAAUGAUGGGUCACCAGGGGCCACCACCUGCAAUGCCUACAGGCCAGGGAGGAUUUCCUCUUCAACAGAAUGGUUCCUUUGGACAAGUUAGGGCUCCCCAGCCUGGAUAUCCAGCAACUUAUCCACAGGCUCCAAAUUAUGGAAGCCAGCCUGGUCCUCAGGGUCCUCCAGGUCCUCCCCCUCCUGCGCAGAAGAGACUGGACCCAGAUUCCAUCCCUAGUCCUCAGCUUAAUGAAAUGCCACCCCAGCAGAAAUCGAGGCACAGGAUAGACCCCGAUGCAAUUCCUAGUCCAAUCCAAGUAAUAGAAGAUGAUAGAAACAAUAGGGGUUCUGAACCUUUUGUCACUGGCCUGAAAGGACAAGUUCCACCACUUGUAACAACCAACUACUUUGUCAAAGAUCAAGGAAAUGCAAGUCCAAGGUAUAUCCGAUGCUCAUCAUACAACUUUCCUGCCAGCUCAGACAUGGCGAAGCAGUCCCAGGUCCCACUUGCUGCUGUUAUUAAACCACUGGCAACUCUGCCAUCUGAUGAGGCUCCUCCCUGUGUGGUUGAUCAUGGCGAGACUGGACCUAUUCGCUGUAAUAGAUGUAAAGCUUACAUGUGCCCUUCCAUGCAGUUCAUUGAGGGUGGGAGGAGGUUUCAGUGCUGCUUUUGCAGCUGUGUCACCGAAGUGCCCCCACAAUACUUCCAACACUUGGAUCACACAGGCAAAAGGGUGGAUUGCUAUGAUAGGCCUGAGCUGUCUAUGGGAAGUUAUGAGUUCACUGCAACUGUUGACUACUGCAAGAAUAACAAAUGCCCAAAUCCUCCGGCUUUUAUUUUUAUGAUUGAUGUGUCAUAUAAUGCUGUAAAGAGCGGGUUGGUAACAUUGGUGUGUGAGGAGCUGAAGCAACUAAUUGACUACCUACCCAGGGAAGGAAACAUGGAAGACUCGGUGAUACGAGUGGGAUUUGUAACCUAUAACAAAGUGCUCCAUUUCUAUAAUGUGAAAAGCUCCUUGGCCCAGCCACAGAUGAUGGUGGUAUCGGAUGUGGCUGAUAUGUUUGUCCCUUUGCUGGAUGGCUUUCUUGUAAAUGUAAAUGAAUCCAGGGCGGUCAUCACUAGUUUGCUUGACCAGAUUCCAGAACUGUUUGCAGACACAAGAGAAACUGAGACUGUUUUUGGCCCAGUCAUCCAGGCUGGUUUAGAAGCACUGAAGUCUGCUGACUGUGCUGGGAAGCUCUUUCUUUUCCACACUACUCUCCCUAUUGCUGAGGCCCCAGGGAAGGUCAAGAACAGGGAUGAUAAGAAACUCCUCAAUACAGAUAAGGAAAAGAGCUUAUUCCAGCCGCAGACGACUUUCUAUAACAACCUGGCCAAGGAUUGCGUUGCCCAGGGCUGCUGUGUGGAUCUAUUCCUAUUUCCAAAUCAGUUUGUGGAUGUGGCCACACUUGGUGUUGUUCCUUUCCAGACUGGGGGUUCAGUUUACAAGUAUACUUUCUUCCAGAUUGAGACUGACAGAGAGCGAUUCCUAAAUGAUCUGCGGCGGGAUGUUCAGAAAGACAUAGGAUUUGAUGCAGUCAUGAGGGUCAGGACUAGCACAGGCAUUCGUGCAACAGACUUCUUUGGUGCUUUCUACAUGAGUAACACCACUGAUGUAGAGCUGGCUGGGCUGGACUGUGAUAAAACCAUAACUGUGGAGUUCAAGCAUGAUGACAAACUGAAUGAAGACACAGGCGCCCUUCUUCAGUGUGCUAUCUUGUAUACCAGCUGUGGAGGGCAGCGUAGACUUCGCGUACAUAACAUGGCAUUAAACUGCUGCACACAGCUAGCAGACUUGUAUCGAAAUUGUGAAACGGACACGCUGAUCAACUAUUUUGCCAAGUUUGCUUUCCGUGGAGUCUUAAAUAACCCAACAAAGACUGUUAGAGACUCCCUGAUAAAUCAGUGUGCUCAAAUCCUCGCGUGCUAUCGCAAGAACUGUGCAAGCCCCUCUUCUGCUGGCCAGCUGAUCCUUCCAGAAUGCAUGAAGCUGCUUCCUGUCUACCUGAACUGUGUACUGAAAAGUGACGUGUUGCAACCUGGUCCUGAGGUGACCAUUGAUGACCGGGCAUAUGUGCGACAGCUUAUUUCCUCCAUGGAUGUUUCGGAUUCAAAUGUAUUUUUCUAUCCUAGGCUCCUGUCAUUUACCAAAGUGGAUCCUACCAGUGAUUCCCUGCCUGUAGCUAUCCGUGCCUCAGAAGAACGGCUUUCUAAGGGUGAAAUAUAUCUGCUUGAAAAUGGUGUGAACUUCUUUAUAUGGGUUGGUGCAAAUGUGCAGCAGGCCCUCAUCCAGAACCUAUUUGGGGUGUCCUCAUUCAGCCAGAUAGACUCUAGUAUGAAUACAUUACCUGCGUUGGAUAAUCCAGUCUCAAAUAAAAUGCAUGCAAUUAUCACAAUGUUCAGAGCCCAGAGGCCAAGAUAUAUGAAGUUGCUGAUUGUGAAACAGGACGACAAGCUUGAGAUGUUCUUCAAACACUUUCUGGUUGAAGAUAAGAACCUGAAUGGAGGGGCUUCAUAUGUAGACUUCCUCUGUCAUAUGCACAAGGAGAUCCGACAACUUCUUAGUUAGAGAUGGAAGAGUUGGAGUUAUCACCUCCAGUGACAUUUAAAAUAUUUUGCUAACCACCUUGGUCUUUUAACUAUGCUACUACAACCAGGACACCCAGAAGUGAAGGACCGUUAUGUUUUGUUUUCUGAUUGCCCCUUGUCUUUAGUUCACAUAAUUCUCCUUUCAAAACCCCCUUGUGCCCCACAUCCUUCCCAUUCUAAAGAUGAAGAUAAUAUUUAUGGAUUAACUGAAUGUUGCCCCUAUUUGACCAAAUUGUCUGCACUGAGGAGCACAAAGCUGUCUUGGUUGGGAUGAAUGUAGAGAUGCCUGCUCAGGAGAGAGGUUAAACACUGGUUAUUACCCAUUUGCUUUGGUCUGCCUUUAAGAGAAAAGAAAAUUUUAUGAGAACACAUAUGAACUGACUUGGACAGUAUGAGAACGAAUUUCCAUUAUUUCAUAAAACAUUCUUUUUAGACAAAUACAUCAUUUUUUUUUUUUUUGGAAGCACCUGGAAAUGUUUUGGGUGUCCUUUUUGUUUUAUUAAACUUUGUCAUUGAAGCAAACAAUAAAACCCAUAAGACCAUACUGUUCAGAUAUAACGGUUUUACAGUUGUCACCUAUGGUCCCCCGAUAAAAAAAAAAAUAUAUUUGAGGAUAAGCAUGAUUAUGGUCAAUGAUUUUGAGCCUAGCAGCGUGAUCUAGCCCCUUUAAAUAAUGGCUUCUGGCAAUACUUUAUUUUUCUAUAAAUAAUUAAAUCAUCCAUCUUUAAUGCUCUUAGAGUUGACAUUAUUUGUCCUGUGUGAAGUUGGUUUACAAAUAUAAUUUUGGUGCAUUUAUUUAAAUUUUUAUUUUCUAUGUCCUGUUUUUUAUCAUGCUGCUGUUUAGGCUUAACAUUGUGCCGUGAGCACAUGGUUGACCUGGUCAUCAAGUGUAGAAUCAUACGUAAAAUAGUAUAGACUAAAUUAUUUGAAAGUGAAGGUGAAGACUUGGCAAGCCCUUUCAUUCCUCUCUUGCUAUAUACAAACUUUGAACUCGCUUGGAGGACAGGCUUGGUUUAUUGCCCAACUCCAGCCAAAAGAAUUUGCUGUGUUUUGGACAAAGUAGGGAAGGGUUAGAAACUGUCAGUUUUAUAUUGCUGUCUGUGUCCUCAUUUGCAAUAUUUAGGCCUCAUGCACACUGGGCAUUUGCCCAGCUCUUCUGAAUCCCUUUAUCCUGGCAGGACGAAAGCGGCGUUUAAAAAAACGCACCUAUUUUUUUUCGAAGGCUUUUAGAAGCAGUUUUUUUAGCUGCAGUGUGCACAAGACCUAACCCUUCAUGUCCUGAUGGCAGUGGUUCACGGAACAGUAAGAGAUGAGUAACUUUUUUUUUUUUCUCUGUGGAACCAGAAAAGAUAAAACCUCUUGAGAACCCCCAUGAGAGUUCCUGAUAAUAAAAACAUUACAGUUCUCAUCCAUUCUUACUCUUUUCAUGUUUACAAAAGCAGCUUUGGCUGGAGUUGGGCAUUACAGGGGUUGUAAAUCAUUGAGGUUUUUUACCUUUAUGCAUUCUUUGCCUAAAGGUGAAAAACCUUCUGUAGUGCAGCUCCCUCCCAGAGCCCCCUUUUUCUUACCUGAACUUGAUCUUUCCAGCGACGAGAACAAGCUCAGCAGCUCCAGCAUCUGUCUCAGGUCCUCAUUGGAUAGGUUGAUGGCAGCAACAGCCGUUGGCUCCCGCUGCUGUCAAAUCCAGUGGCACAGGGUUGGGGCAGAGUCUUGCUGUCUGUGUCACUUAACUCAAAAGUAGGACUCUGGAGCACGGGUGCCCCGUUGGAAUAUGGGUCUCUGAGGGGGCACUCAAUGCAGGGAGGAGCCGCUGGUAGACCCCAGAAGAAGAGGGCCAGGAUAAUAUGUUUGUUUAAAAAAAAAAAAAAAAGUAUAGCGAACAAUUACAACACCUUUAAGGAUAACUUGGACACACUUGUUAUGACUCAAUAAAGCAAUGCAAAUGGAAAUUUUUCUUAAAAUCUGACUUAAGAAAAUUACUUCUGCGUGCUUAGUAUGUGUUAAUAUGCUUUGCAUACUGCACUUUCCAGCACUGAAUAAGGCAGCUAGUAGUGUAACAGAGUUUGUUUUUAUUGGGCCUUUGUUCUUUUAUUUUUUUUUGGGGGGGGGGGGGGGUUCUCUUAGCAAGAUAAUUCUGAUUUGUGCAUUUUUGGUUUUAGUAUUUUCGAAAAUAAGACAGAGGGGGACUGCUCCUAGGUUUUAGCCUUCUCCAUAAGAAUGUUUGUAGCUAAUAAGGACAGUGGUGUGUCAACCAGCCUUAAGAACUUUGCAUUCCAUGCCUUGGUUCUUUUCUCAGCUGUCCUGCAUGUUCCACUCUGCUAAAGUGAAGGACAAUGAUCUCUGAGAGCAGAGCUGCCGCCUCAGAUGGAGACCCUUCACAGCAAGACUCCCUGUUGUCCAGUGGAGAGUUAUUCCUUGUAGGAGACUGUCAGUAUUUUCUCUACUAACAAGCAUUGAAGCCUCUCAAGCACUUCAAAAUUGUAGACUUCUGCAUCUUACUGCUUCAUAAUUGCUGUGUUGAUUUUACGAGGGAACCAAUAUAAAUUAUAUACAUACAUUAAACCUU